GGGCAUUCUCCCCCGAGGGCCACCCCGGGUGGGGCCUGGCACUUAUCGGUUGGGCUCGGGGCUCUGUUUACCGCCAGCCAUCGCUGUGGAGACGGGAGCCUAGGGGAGAAGGGGGGGCAGGAGCCAGUGGCUGGAAGAGCGAAGCCCUGGGAUCCGCAUGCCUAAUGAAGGAAAGAGGAGCCAACGGGGACACUGAAAUUUUAAUUCGUGGGUCACUUUGGGGGGGUAUUUAUUAUUCAGUUCUGAUUGGCUGACUGGCUGCGUGGUGGCCAGUCAGCACCCUGGCCCGGGCGGGGAGCCACGCAACUCUCAGCAGAGGCCCUCGGCAGCGGGUGGCUGCGGGGAGCCCAUGCACCCUUUUCUCUGUGUGAGAGACUGAGGCCCGGCAGUGCUCAGCCUUCGUCCACUGGGGAAGGUUCUCGAGGCAAUAGCUAUACCUUGUGCUGGCGUUUUUCCUUCCCUUCUUUUCCUUGGAACCCUCUGACCCAUAAGCUGGUUGGGCUGGUGGAGGUCCCCGAUGCCGUGCGAGGAAACUGAGACCAGGAGGGGAGGCCAGACGCUAGCGUGGGGCCUCAGGGGCUUAGAGCAAGGCUCAGAGUGGUGCCCUAUGGGGCAGGGAAGACUGAGGCCCUGAGGGAAGCAGAGAGCAGCCCAAGGUCACCCAGCCAGAGCUGGGUCUGACCCUUGUGGUCCUGCCUCCUAGUUUAGGACGCGUCCAAAGUCCUUUGUGUGUCACAGCCGAGGGGCGCCGGCCCACCUAUCUUCCAGAGGGCUUGGAGGUUCACAGCAGGCACCUGUCUGCCAAAUGGAGCCUUUGCCCCAAGAGGACAGUGAGGCUCAGAGAGGGGCAGCAAGGUGUCCAAGGUCACACAGCAGGGGCCUUAGCCUCCCUGCCUCCCAGUCUUCUGAGGCAGGCCCUUCCCACCCCAUCUGAGCUGCAGCCCCGCCCCUUGGCACCUUGGCCCCUGGAGACUGGCAGGGCUCUGUGUUUUUACAACCCAUUAUUUCCGAGGAGACCCAGGUCACCUCCCAGAGCCAAGAGUCAGGGCCAACCCCUCUGAAGCAGAGCUGGCCCGAGGAGGGGGUCCACAGGGGUUUCAAAUGCUGGCCCACUUGCUCUGUGACCUUGGACAAGCCCCAUGGCCUUUUGGAGCCUGAGCAUCCUUCUCUGUAAAAUGAGGUGGUUGUGGGUUCCCCCCAGGUACUGCCUGCAGAUCCACCUGUGUUCCCUUUCCUUGCCUCCCUCAUGGAGGAAGCACCUGGGUCAGCUCAGGACACAGCAGGGAUUCUGCUGGAGGGUGUGUGUGUGUGUGUGUGUGUGUGCGCGCGCGCGCGCGCGUCUGAGACACCCCCCCACCUGUCAUCUUGUGCUCCAGGCGCCUGAUAGACCAUAAACCACCCUGCAACAGCCCUGGGCAGUGGAGACCAGAGGAACAGGCUUGGGUGGGGGCCACCGUGGUCCAAUCUCAGCCCAGCCCUCCGCUCCACCUGAGGUCCACCUAGGGAGGUCACCUCCCUUCUGCCAACCUCAGUUUUGCCAUCGAUGCAAUGGGGAGAUUACCUUUAGGCCAAAAGUGAGGAUUUACUCAGUGAUUCCCCAGGAAUGUUUGUUGAGUGACUGCUGUGUGGUGUCAGGGCCUGGGGGAGCCCCUCCUGCAUCUCUUUUCUGAUGCCCUGAGUUCACAGGUGUCAGCUGGACUCCAGCCCUGCCCCAGGCUCCCUGUGUGACCUCAGGCAAACCUCUCCCUUUUCUGGGCUGUCACAGGGCAGCUCUGAGGGGGCGUGAGAAUAAGCUGUCCUCCCCCUACCGAGGCCCCCAGGGUGGGGGGAUUUAGUCCCCUGCUGGUACCUGGGGGCAGUGUGUGUGGUGGGAGAGGAGGGUAGAGCCCUGGCAGGACUAGUUAGUUUGGCCAGAUGGAGCCAGACAGGUGACCCGUGUUCAAAUCCAGCUCUGCUGUGUGACCCUGGGCAAGUUGCCUCAGUUUCCUGGCCUGUGAAGUGGGGCAGUGGUUACAGACCCUUCCUACCAGAGCUAUGAGCAUUGCUGCUGAGGUGAUCCAGACCAGGCUCCCGUCAAGCCCCGUUGAGGAACAGCCCCUGCCCUUGCGGCCUGAGUCCCGAGUCUUUGGAGCACCAAAGCGCGGAAGGCGCCCUGUGGAGAAUCUGGCCAAAGGACCAGCCCCUCCAUCUGUCCCCCCAGCAGGCUGUGGACGGCCACUUGGUGGAAGUGUCCUCACCCACGCCUUUCGGGUUUGACUGGAAAACAAGGCUCGGUCCCACCUCCCAUCAGGAUGUGUUUGAUAGGAGGGAACUGGCUGAAUUUGUAGGCAUAGGACACUGGGGCCCCAGUGGGCCAAGCACCCCUUUGGGGUUUCCAGGCCGAGCAGUCCACCUGCUCAGGCUGUGGGUGGGGUUGGGGGUGGUACAGGCACCUCCAGGUGACAAGCUGGCCUCAGGGGAGGGAGGGAGCAGUCUGGAUGGAAGUCACCCAGGCCUCUCCUGGGCAUCUUGGAUAAGCAGGUGCAGCCUGAGUUGAGGGCAGUGUAGACACGGAAGGGAUUCUGUGAAGCCUGGCUUUGGUUACUCCCGGUGACAGGAAGCUUAUUCCUUCCACUUCCACUGAAAAUGGCUCUUUCUUCACAGGGCUUCCUCUUGGAAGCUGGUCUUGGUGUCGGGGCUGUACUUCCUGGCCCACGACAGCACUCAGAGCGUGGGAACAGGGUGGGCCUCAGCCCCACCCAUGAGUUGGGGCUCAGAUGGGAUCCCCAUGACCUCCUAGUCCCCACCCCCACCAGCCUCCACACACACACUUCCCACUGGGCCUGCAACCUUCCUGCCUCUGGCCCUUUAAGGCCCCGGGCAGGAAGCCCCUCCCCAUUUAGGGCAAUAAAUGGACACAUAAAAUGGCCGAGGGCCUGUCUGCUGGUGUCUGGCCUGGAGGGAGGCCUGCGAGGACAGGCGGGCAGGGGGCAGGCUGACAGCUGGCAGCCAGCAGUCACCCUGAGCCGUUGGUGCCCCCCACCUCCUGAUCAGGACGUUGCAUUCCUGUCCCAUUAAACCCCGGCCUCGGUACUGGGCCAGGCGGGGAUUGGCACCAGGUCGGGGCGGGGUAACCCGUCAGGACCAACCUUGCAACACAGGCUGCCAGGCUGGGAGGGGGCGGGGGCGGCUGGGCACUGGCCUGGCAGCCGCACCUGGGCGCCAGACUUACUGUGUGACCUUGGGGCGGCCGCCCACCCUCUCUGGGCCUGGUUUCCCCCACACACACAUGAUGGCUCAGCUUCCUCCUGGGGCUCACCACACACUUCCUUGGUACACAGUAGUUGGGGAGGGGGCUGGAUUCCUGGAAUGACGUUCAGAGGUGAAGUUCAAAGCCCCCAAUCCACAAGGGAGGGGGUAAACAGCCUCAUUGGGCCUUUGGGGAUUGUCCCUGGCACACAGUAGGUCCUAGGCCAAAGUUUGCUAAGAGGAUGAGAGUGGAACCCUUUGCCACUGUCACAACCCCCAAGGAAAAUGAGGCACAGAGAGGUGCUUUUCUUGGCCCAGGUUCACCCAGCUUGGAAAUGGAGGAGCCAGGAUAUGGAUGCGGGCUGCUGUGGCAGGUAGUAGGUGUUAGAGGUCCCUUAUAUAGUUUCCUUUCAUUCUCUCCCUGAGUUGUAGGGAGGGAGGCCUUAACCCCCUGUUAAGCUGCCCGCAUCCCUGGACACUCCUCCAGGAAGGCGUCAGGUGGCAAUUACCUACCUAUCCACUGCUGGCCACCCCCUGAGGAGUGUGGGGGGGAGGAGGAGGCCCGGCCCCAACCCUCACCUUGCACCUGACCUUGGGGACUCUCUAGCCUCCUUCCCCUGCCCCUCUCCCAGGUGCCCACCGCUGAGCCUUUGUCCCUGCUGUUUCCCAUGCUUAGGACACCUUUCCCACAAUCCUAGGGUCCUUCCUGGGUGACACCUGCUGUUCCUGGGACCAAGUCAGGACGCUCCUGACCUCUCCCUGCAUCCCCAGUAGUUGAGAGGUGUCAGCUCAGGCCGGCUCAAGUCAGAGCAUCUGAGUCCCAGCCUGGCUGCCGGUCUGUUGUGUGACCUUGCCUUGGCCUUAUCACCUCCCUGAGCCUCUCCUCAUCUCUAAAGCCCAGGGUCCAGUUAGUUCUUGAAGGUUCCAGGGCACAGAGGAGGCCCCCUGGGAGGGCAAAAAGCAGGCCCGGGUCCUUGCUGCCUGCUGCAGCAAGUGACCCUAGGUUAGAUUGGAGGUGGGACUGGCACGGUCCCCUGGUACUGGGUGUGCCUGCCAGCCAGGUGGGCGGGGCUGGGUGUGGGCUCUCCAGCACAUAGCUCUUUGGUCUUUGGUUCCUCCUGUCGUUUGCUGCGCCCCUACCGUGCACUGCCCAGGGGAGGCCGGGGGCGGGGGGUGGAGGGUGGCUUGGGAGCAGCCCAGAGGGAGGAGGGCGCCCCACCUCCAGCCCAGGAAGAGCCUGCUGAGACCUGCCCCUCGGCCAGCCGCCGAGUCAGCAUCGAACGGCCCCGGAAAUCCCAUGGGGGCGAGUGUUGGGGUGGAGCUGUGAUGAAACACGGGGCCCUGGGUGGGUGCGGGCCUGGGCUCAGGGGACCCUGGUCGUUGAGGGGGUGAGGCUUCCUGGAGGAGAGAAUUUUCGUUGGCUCAUUAUUACCGAGGAAACCGCCACGUGUCGGGGCACCUACUAGGUGUCAGGUGCCAGCAGGGCCUCUUAGAACCAGGAAGGGAGCCACAGGGGUCACCUGGUGAGACGGUGCUGUGGCGCACAGUGGGUGCUCAGUAAUAGGUGCUUUUUGCUGCCUGGACCCCACGUGACUUCCUUCUCCCACCGGGCAGGGUCUUCCUCUGCUUUCUUAGAGGGAGGGCCCUGAGAGGCCCCGGGUAGGGGGAGGGCAGUGGCCCCGGGCGUGGCAGGCGGGUGGCGUAUGUUCCUGGAGAGAGGGCUGGGUCAGCUUAGUUUCCAGGGCCAGGGAAGGGGCUGUGGCUGGCUGGGAGGUGUCGGGGAGGGAGGGUUGGGGGACCCCCAGCCUCUCGCCUCUGUCAGCUCCUGGAUCAGCCUUGCUGGGUGCCCUUGGCCUGGAUUCUAGCUGUCUCUGGGCCUUGGUGUUCUCAUCUGUAAAUGGGGGUCAUGCUACUUCCCUGGGGCUUUCCUUGGCUGGUAUUGCCCCAGGCCCUGCCCUUUGGGGGAGGGUCUCAGAUGAUUAUGUGCGGGAAAUAGAGGCCCCAGCUGGGAAAGGACAGGGGUGCGGACCCUCAGACCCAGCCCAGACCCAAGGGCUGCCCCACACAACAGGCUCUUAGCAUGUGGCCCGGCUCCUCCAGCUGGUGGAGAUCCAGGCCCAGGGCUGGGUACAUUGCCCCAGGCCAGGUUCAAGGCCGGAGCUUGCUCCUUCCCAGCCGGGUGGCUUCCAGCAAGUGGGAGCCUGGGCAGCCUCACGCUUGAAGUCUCGGCGCGGAAGAUGGCCGGCGGCGUGGACGGCCCCAUCGGGAUCCCGUUCCCCGACCACAGCAGCGACAUUCUGAGUGGACUCAACGAGCAGCGGACGCAGGGCCUGCUGUGCGACGUGGUGAUCCUGGUGGAGGGCCGUGAGUUCCCCACGCACCGCUCGGUGCUGGCUGCCUGCAGCCAGUACUUCAAGAAGCUGUUCACGUCGGGUGCCGUGGUGGACCAGCAGAACGUGUACGAGAUCGACUUCGUCAGCGCCGAGGCGCUCACGGCCCUCAUGGAUUUCGCCUACACGGCCACGCUCACCGUCAGCACAGCCAACGUGGGCGACAUCCUCAGCGCCGCCCGCCUGCUCGAGAUCCCCGCCGUGAGCCACGUCUGCGCCGACCUCCUCGACCGGCAGAUCCUGGCGGCCGAUGCGGGUGCCGAUGCUGGCCAGCUGGACCUCGUAGAUCAAAUUGAUCAGCGAAACCUCCUUCGCGCCAAGGAGUACCUCGAGUUCUUCCAGAGCAACCCCAUGAACAGCCUGCCCGCCGCCGCCGCCGCCGCCGCCUCAUUCCCAUGGUCUGCCUUUGGCGCAUCCGACGAUGACCUGGACGCCACCAAGGAGGCCGUGGCCGCUGCCGUGGCCGCCGUGGCUGCCGGCGACUGCAAUGGCUUGGACUUCUACGGGCCCGGCCCCCCAGCCGAGCGACCCCCGGCCGGGGAUGGGGAUGAGGGAGAUAGCAACCCAGGUCUGUGGCCGGAGCGUGAUGACGACGCCCCCGCUGGGGGCCUCUUCCCACCCCCCGUGGCCCAGCCGUCCACCGCCACACAGAACGGCCACUACGGCCGGGGCGGGGAGGAGGAGGCAGCCUCGCUGUCAGAGGCGGCCCCGGAGCCGGGCGACUCUCCGGGCUUCCUGUCGGGCACGGCUGAGGGCGAGGACGGGGACGGGGCCGACACGGACGGGCUGGCGGCCAGCACGCUGCUGCAGCAGAUGAUGUCGUCGGUGGGCCGGGCGGGAGCGGCGACGGCGGGGGACAGCGACGAGGAGUCACGGGCGGAUGACAAGGGCGUCGUGGACUACUACCUGAAGUACUUCAGCGGCGCCCACGACGGCGACGUCUACCCGGCCUGGUCGCAGAAGGUGGAGAAGAAGAUCCGGGCUAAGGCCUUCCAGAAGUGCCCCAUCUGCGAGAAGGUCAUCCAGGGCGCCGGCAAGCUGCCGCGGCACAUCCGGACCCACACGGGCGAGAAGCCCUACGAGUGUAACAUCUGCAAGGUCCGAUUCACCAGGCAGGACAAGCUCAAGGUGCACAUGAGGAAGCACACGGGCGAGAAGCCGUACCUGUGCCAGCAGUGCGGGGCGGCGUUCGCGCACAACUACGACCUGAAGAACCACAUGCGCGUCCACACUGGCCUGCGCCCCUACCAGUGCGACAGCUGCUGCAAGACGUUCGUGCGCUCCGACCACCUGCACAGACACCUCAAGAAGGACGGCUGCAACGGCGUGCCCUCACGCCGCGGCCGCAAGCCCCGGGUGCGGGGUGGCGGGCUUGGGGGGCCCGACCCCGCCCCCGCCCCGGGGGCCCCUGUGCCGCCCGGCGCCCCUGCCCCGCCCGGGUCGCCGGACGCGCGGCGCAAUGGCCAGGAGAAGCACUUUAAGGACGAGGACGAGGAUGAGGACGAGGCCAGCCCCGACGGCCUGGGCAGGUUGAAUGUAGCGGGCGCCGCUGGGGGAGGCGACGGGGGCGCCGGGGCCACCGCCGAUGGCAGCUUCGCGGCCGGACUCGCUUGAAAACCAAAAAAAGAGAAAACAGAAACCCGAGAAAGAGAGAGAGAGAGAGCAAAUCACCCACCACCCCCAAAAAACACAAAAAAAGAAAUCUAUCUAUAUACAGAUAUCUAUAUCUAUAUAUAUAUAUAUACAGAUAUAUAUAUAUGAAGCGUCACAGAAUCUAGGGUAGUGCUUUUCUCAGAUUUUUCUCCUUCAUGAUGUUCUCUCCCUCCACGGGGACCCUCGCCCCCCCACCCCCAGCCCCGCUUGCCCCCCACCCCGUUGAUGGCUUUCGGGGCUCAGCUUGGGGUUUUUGUGGGAUACGAGGGUUCUGAGCUCCCCGGGCGCCCCGCGGUUCGGGGUCUGGGGUCCCAUCGGAGGCCCGAUCAGGGCCCCAGGUCCCAGCAGGGGUGAGGGUGGUCACGGGGGCGUGGGCCGGGGAUGGCGGGGGAGGGGGGGGCUUUUCUUUUCCUCGCCCUGCCCCGCCCCCGCUGAUUUCUAGAGUCUUUUGAGAUAAGACCUUAAAAAUGAUUUGUGUCCGCUAUGAGCGGACGUUAAAACGGCCCCAUCCGCACCCCCACCCUCCUUCCUCAGGGCACUUCCGAAGUGGGGGUCUCCCCCUCCGUCUCCCCACCUGCCUCCCUGCCUCCCGUCCCUGCCUGUGGUCCCCCGGAUCUCCUGGCCACCGCGACACAAAUCUAUUUAUUUCCAGGCGUGGAGAAAGGGGAGAAGACGGGGAAGGGGGGGGAGGGCACCAGGGUGACUCCCCAAGGGCCCCCGCCGCCUUCCUUCACGGCACUUACAACCCGGCGGGACCUGCGGGCCGCCACUCAGGGUGCCCCUGCCACCCCCGUCUUGGUCCUCCGACCCAGGCCCACCCCAGACCCCAUGAGACGUUUGGAGAUUCGAAACUUUUUGUCUUCACCCUCUCCCCUUCCCCUAGCCCUGUCCCGAUUUUUAAAAGCACUUUUUAGAUUUUUUUUUCUCUUUUCCUCCUUAAAAACAAAAUUUAUAUAUAGAUAUAUAUAUAUAAAAAAUAUACUUUUCCUCAGAGGAGCAGGCGACUGUGGGGUGAGAGAGCCAAGAGCAGAGGGAACGCAGGGUCUCACGGUGGCAGGGAUGUGGGGAGCGAGAGUGUCCAGAAGUUCCAAUGUCACAAAAGCAAUAAAAACAAGAUUUUACAAAAAUGAAAGGAAAAAAAAAAAACAACAACAAGACAACCAACCACAAAUAGAAGUCUUGGCACUUUGUAACAGAACGGGUACUACACUUUAUCUUAAUUCUUAAUUUAAAAACAUGUUUACAAGUUGCAACCAACUUCUAUGAAAAGUCAAAAAGACAAAAAAAAAAUAAAUAAGAGCGAGAGAGCGAGCGAGAGAGAGAGAGCGAGAGAGAGCAAACAGAAAUUCCUAAAAGUCGAUUUAUUUUUGUACAAAAUAAUAAAAAAAGAAACCCACCACAGACGUAGAAUCCACUUCUGUUCCCCGAGGUGAGAAGGGGGUCAGGAAGUCACGGGUGAGGGCGAAGCCUUCUGAGGUAUUUGUGCUUUACCAUGGGGGCUCGCCUUGCAGGCAGGACUGCGGGGUUUUUGUGUUUCUGCCGUGUCCCCCCCACCCCGCCCAGCACCUCCCCGCCCCAUUCUGUCCCUUUUUGGGUUCUGAUUUGGAGACGUCUCCUCACCUGCUAGCCAUACAGUGGCCACCCGUGUCCGCGGGGACCCUCCUUACCGACUCCCCAGCUCAGGGAUGGGCCCGAGAGAGGGCUGGCCUUCCAACCAGCCGGAGCAAUCCCGUCUCCCUGCCCUUGUCCCCCGACCCUUGCUGUCCCCCCACCCUCCAACAUGGCCGCCCUUCCUUGUGGCCACCGAGGAGCUGCCAUCUUGGAUACACCAUCCCCACCGAGGUGGGUGACAGGGGGCCUCACCUCCAGGGCCUUACUCCACCCCCCACUGCACCCCUCUUUUUACUCAAAGGCACUGACUGUAACCUGGGGGCUGGCACCCGCCUCCCCCCAGCCUCUGGCUCCCCAAAGGCCCGGCAUUGACCGAGCCACAGGCCACGGACUGGGGCCAGGGCUGGGGAGGCCGUGUCGCCAGAGGCCGGGGCACCCUCCUCCCCCCCACCCAUCCCCCGUCGCAUAUGCAACCCUAGCGUGGGGCCCUGUAAAUAGACGCUCUGCUGAGCGGAGACCCUUCCUCGUCAAAAGCCGGAGGUGCGGGGGGUGUCCCCGCUCCCCGCCUCUAGCUGCUGGCCCGUCACCCCGUGCCCCUUGGUUCUGUGACAGACCCCAUCUCUUUCUUGUUUUUAAAGGGAAGCUUUUAAAGAAGGCAACUUUCAUCAUUGUUUCUACAGGACAGUUUUUUUGUUUCCUCCUGCUCCCCCCACCCCUGAGCCUGUCAGCCCCCCAGAUGUCUCAGGACCCCCCCUCCUGAGGGGGUGGCAGGGGAGCCCAGGGCCGGGUGGCCCCGCCCACACCCCAGCAUCGUGGGGCGAGCUCUCUCAGAGAACAACCCAUGCAAGCUGAACAGGGAGCUCGAGUGCCCAGGCUAGGGGGACCUGCACCCCUACCCCAUCCCAGAGAGGUUCCCUGAAGGGACAGCCCUCUCCCCCACUACCCACACACCCCCUCGCAAUAAAACCAACUGAAAAAUCACAGCUGUCGUCCUGGCCGGGUGGGGGGAGACCAGGCUUGGGGGAUUAAGGCCUCUGGGACUACAGCGGGGGCAAGGGCUGAACCCCCGCCGAGCACACUUUAACACAAACCUCCUCGGGAAUUGCACUAAACCCCUACCCCUAGCUCUGCGCUCAGCUUCUGCCAGCCUUGCCCACCCACUCCGCCUUAACCCCUCUCCUGCUGCCCACCAGCCCAUCCCCGGGGGCCGCAGCAUCUGCAUGGGCCCAGAGCCGGGACCCCCGCCCUCCCAGCCCAGGCCCUGCCCCCCAACUCCGCGCAAUCACAUACUGUAUAUAGACGUGGAUCAAUUUUAUUUUUAUUCUUUAAAUUAAGGUCGUGAUAAAGUGUUGCCAAAGAUACUGCUGAAUUCUCGCGUUUCAGGAAACAAACAAAAAAAAAAUUUUGAGGGGGAACGUGCUGACUGGUCAGAAAGGACAGAGCAAAAAGUUUUUUUGUUUGGUUGUUUGGGUUUUUUUUUUGUGGUUUCUUUUUUUGGGGUGUUUUUUUUUUUUUAACUGCCUGGUACAAAAAAAAAAAAAGAAAAAAAGAAAAACAGCGAAAUUGUUAUUUCCAUCAUCUUGGUGAAGCUGCGUGAAUGUGUGUGUGCGCUUGUGUAUGAGUGAGGUCCAGGCGGGGGGAACUCCAGGAGGGGGCUCCGGCAGGGGUGGGGGGGAGGGCGUCCUGGGACGACGGCGGUGGGCCAGCAGGAUGGUGGGGGCCGGAGCCCUCACCUGGAGCGGUCGCCAGCCUGCAGGACCCGGGAGAGAGAGAUUAGCACCCUUGCUGCUGCCCCCUGGCUAGCCCCCUCACCUUGAUCCCCACCCCGCCUUUUGAGAUUAGGAGAAAAAAAAAAAGGCAAAAAAAUACAAACCUUAAAAA